AUGGCCAUUGGAUGGCAGAUAUUGUGUUAUAGUGAUUACAAUUUAUUCCAGAUGACGGUUUCUCGAGUGUUUCAUGUUUUAUUUGUUGAUUCUUACGAUUCUUUUACUUAUAAUGUGGUAAGGCUGAUAGAACAACAGAAAGUUGAUGGAUAUGAUGAGAUCAAGGUUGUUAUUAUUCAUAAUGAUAAGUUUGGUGAUGUGAGUGAGUUGUUGAAGUAUGUUGUUUUGUUUGAUUGUAUUGUUGUUGGUCCUGGGCCGGGGAAUCCUAUUAAUGGGGCUAAAGAUGUUGGUAUUAUUGAUAGUUUAUUUUGUGAUGAACUGAGAGAGGUACCAAUAUUUGGUAUUUGUUUGGGGUUCCAAUCGAUGUGCUACUCUCAUAGUGCGUUAGUGAAUGAAUUGCAGACUAUCAAACAUGGUCAGGUUUACGAUAUACAUUUGAAGCAAGAUUUCAGUGAUGACUUGUUUAUGGGACAUCCUGCGACUUUUAAAUCGACUAGAUACCAUUCUUUGCAUGUCUCCAAGAUUAACGACAAGGUUAUUCCUCUGGCUAGUACCACUGAUGAAAAUGGUGAGAUCUUGAUGUCUGCAAAGAUCGAGGGGAGACCUUGGUACGGUGUCCAGUAUCAUCCGGAAUCUUGCUGUUCUGAAUUUGGUGAUUUAUUGAUUAGAAAUUUCAUUAAAAUAGCUAAUAAAAGUAAUAUCAAUAAAAAAAGACAACAGACAAAGACGAAAUUCAUGAAGGAAAACGAAGAACUCUACUUGAGUUACAUUACCGCCCUUGACAAAAGUAUUGAUAGAUCUCCCAUUUCCAAUAUUAAUUGCAACGGCAAUAAUACCGAGCAUCAAGAGUCCGAUUGUGAUGAAUCUUCUGGUUUAAAAUUACAAGAAUUCUCAGUGCCUAAGGAUCCCAAAAUUACUUUGAAAUUAUCAGAUUUAAUUGAAGACGCUAAAUUUAUCAUGGCGUCUUCUACUAUAAAUGCUAAUAGAGGCGAAUGGUCGAUAAUAGCAUUUCCAAACGAAAAUUCUACAGUCUUUACACAUUAUGAUCAGUUGCACAAGACCACUGUUCACAAAUGGAGAGAUCCAUCGUUGACUACAAACGUUCUUAACAAGGCUUUACAUAACGAUAUUAAAAACUCUUCGAUUGAGGUCAUUAAGGAGGAUAAAUCUCAUUUCUGGAAUACUAUUGGUGAUUUUAUGAAACCUAAAAUAGAUAAUAUUCAUAGUGAUAUCCCUUUUAUCGGUGGUCUAGUGGGUAUAUUGGGCUAUGAGAUGGGUUACUUUGUAUAUAAUAAAAUAAAUCCCCAAGAAAGAUUAAUACCAGAUGCCAAAUUAGUUUUUAUCGAGAAUUCAAUUGUUAUAGAUCAUAGAACUGGUUCUCUUUAUGCUAUUUCCUUAAAUAAUAAAUUCCCAAAAAACAUUUUAGCUAUUAUUGAAGAUAUCUCAAAUAGUAAAGAUGAUUCUAUUUGUGACAUUCGUUGGAACAAAGAACUACCAAAAGAUGUAAAAUUUGAUAUUACUAUACCUAAGAAGAGUGACUACGCAGAUGCAUUCGCUAAGUGUCAGCAAUACAUGCAUAAAGGUGAUUCAUAUGAAAUGUGUUUAACUACUCAAACUAAAAUUGUUCCCUCAAAAAGAAUUGAUCCAUGGAGAAUUUUCCAAACACUUGUACAAAGAAACCCAGCACCAUUCUCUAGUUAUUUUAAAUUCGAUGACAUUAUUGAUGAUAAUCAAGACAAUGUUUUAUGUUUAUUAAGUACUUCUCCUGAAAGAUUCAUCAAAUGGGACAAUGAAACUUGUGAAUUGCGUCCAAUUAAAGGCACUGUUAAGAAGGGAUCAGAUAUGACACUUGAUAAAGCUACAGAGAUUUUAAAAACUCCAAAAGAAUUUGGUGAAAAUAUGAUGAUUUUAGAUUUGAUUAGAAAUGAUUUGUAUGAGUUACUCCAUGAUGUUAGAGUUGAAGAAUUCAUGUCUGUAGAAGAGUAUGAGACUGUUUAUCAACUUGUCAGUGUCGUGAAGGGUUACGGUAUAACAAAACCAUCACCAUCUGGAGCAAUAUAUUCAGGUUUAGAUGUUUUCAAACAUUCAUUACCAGCAGGUUCGAUGACAGGUGCCCCUAAAAAGAUUACCGUUGAAAUGUUACAAAAUGAGAUUGAACAAGAUUUAAAUCCACACGUUAAUGGUGGUGUUCGUGGUGUAUAUAGUGGUGUCACCGGCUACUGGUCUGUAAAUAAUAAUGGUGAUUGGUCAGUCAAUAUUAGAUGUAUGUAUUCCUACAACAACGGUAACUCAUGGCAAAUCGGCGCCGGCGGUGCCAUAACUGUAUUAUCAUCAUUGGAAGGUGAAUUGGAUGAAAUGUACAUCAAAUUGCAUAGCGCUUUGCAGGUUUUUGAUUAA